CGGGGCCGGAGGAGACGCAGAGCCGGGAGCGGCACCAGGACGGACAGCGGGACACCGGGACUGAGACCGGGACACUGGGAACGACACCAGGACGGACACUGGGACACCGGGACUGAGACCGGGACACUGGGAACGACACCAGGACGGACACUGGGACACCGGGACUGAGACCGGGACACUGGGAACGACACCAGGACGGACACUGGGACACCGGGACUGAGACCGGGACACUGGGAACAACCCCAGGAGGGACACUGGGACACCGGGACUGAGACCGGGACACUGGGAACGACACCAGGACGGACACUGGGACACCGGGACUGAGACCAGGACACUGGGAACAACCCCAGGAGGGACACUGGGACACCGGGACUGAGACCGGGACACUGGGAACGACACCAGGACGGACACUGGGACACCGGGACUGAGACCGGGACACUGGGAACGACACCAGGACGGACACUGGGACACCGGGACCGAGAGCAGGACACCGGGAUUGACACCGGAACACCAGGACUCAGACUUUGACACCGGGACUGAGACUGGGACCAACACCGGGACACCGGGACUGAGCGCGGUACCGAGACUGGGGCACCGGGACCAACACCAGGGCUGAUACUGGGACAGCGGGACCAACAGCAGGACCAAGACCAGGACACCGGGACUGAGACCAGGACCAAGACUGGGACUGAUACUGGGACUGAGACCAACAGGUCCCCCCAGGAUGCGUCUGGCCCCGGUGGCACUGGUGCUCCUGGCCUGGGCGGCCCUGGUGGGUGCUGGGACACCGGUGACGGGACGGGUGGCCCGGCUGGUGUCCGACUUCGGGCUGCGGCUCUUCCGGGAGGCGGCGAGACGCCGCGGGGACACCAAUGCCAUCUUCGCGCCCCACGGGGCCGCCACCCUCCUGGUGGCCCUCCAGCUGGCCACCGCCGGGCGCAGCCGCCACCAGCUUGAGGCUGCCAUGGGCUUCAGCAUCGACGAUCCAGGGCUGGCGGCGGAGCUGCGGGUGCUGCGCCAGGCGCUGCAGGGUCCCGGCCACCUCCUGGCCGUGGCCGAGGGACUUUUUGUGGGGAGGGGGCUGGCGCUGACCCCCAGCUUCGCCCCCCGCUUCGCCCACGCCCUUGGGCCCCAGCGCCUGGCCAGGGUCGACUUCGAACGCGGGGAGGGUGCCCGGACCCUCCUCAACGCGUGGGUGCGGGGGCAGACGCAGGGGCUGAUCCGGGAGCUCCUGCCCCCGGGCGCGGUGGGUGCCAGGACCCGCCUGGUGCUGGCCGAUGCCCUCUACUUCAAGGGCGACUGGAUGAGACCCUUCCCCACCGCCGCCACCCGGCCCCGGCCCUUCCACAAGGCCGAUGGCGGCGUGGUGACCGUCCCCAUGAUGGAGCAGACGGCCAAGUUCAACUACGGGGACUUCGAGACGCCCGAGGGGGUCCCCUACGACGUGGUGGAGGUCCCCUACAGCGGGGGGGCGGUGGCCAUGCUGCUGGUGGCCCCGGCCUCGCCCGACGUCCCCAUCGCCACCCUCACCCGCCUCCUCGACGCCCAACUUGUCACCACUUGGGUCACCAACAUGAGGCGUGUGCCCCGUGUCCUUGUCCUGCCCCGCUUCUCCCUCGAGACCACCUGGGACCUCCGGGCACCCCUGAAGUCUUUGGGGGUCCAGGCUCUCUUUGACCCCGAAGCGGCCGACUUCACCCCACUCUCAGCCGAGGAGCCCCUUGUCCUGGGCCAAGCCCUGCAGAAGGUGAGGAUGGAGGUGACGGAGAAGGGCACCGAGGCGGCCUCGGCCACCGCCGCCAUCGUCUACUCCCGCAUGGCGCCCCUGGAAAUCCUCCUGGAUCGGCCCUUCCUCUUCCUCGUCCGCCACAACCCCACCGGCACCAUCCUCUUCGUGGGGCAGGUGACGGAGCCCUGAGCGCCCCACGGUGGGGUCAGCCCCAUGGCAGGGUCAGCCCCAUGGCGGGGUCAGCCCCACGGCGGGUUGGGCCCCCUGUGGGGCACCGUGGGGCUGGGGAGAGCUGUAAUUUAUUGGGGAGAGUAAUAUAUUUGGGGAGGGGUCAACACCCA